CUCCACCCUGUUCUCAUACCUUCAUACCUGAGAUUUGUCAGUAAACACGUGUUCCUCUUCCUCAUCAGCAUGAACACAAAAAGAGAACGCUCAGUUCAAUCUAGAUCAAACCAACAAGAUCCGCUGAGAGAGGACACACGGAGCAGGAAACAGCACUAAAUGUGAGUUUUCACAGCCGACAACGUUCAAGUGCGUGGAUGGAGUGACUGAUUAGCUGCUUGGACAGAGUUUCAACUGAACUGAGAAGCAAUGUCUUUCAGCAUGAAAGAGGACCUCUGUUGCUCCAUCUGUCAGGACAUCUUCAGGGAUCCUGUUGUCUUGUUCUGCAGCCACAGCUUCUGUAAAUGCUGCCUGAAUAACUGGUGGGAAGGGAAAAUAAUCCUGGAGUGUCCGCUUUGUAAAAAACCAUCCACUACGAGUGAUCCUCCUUGCAACUUGAGUUUAAAACAGCUCUGUGAGGCGUUCCUACAAAGACAAAGGAACAAGGGUCCACCAAAACCAAGGUUUCCCAGCAUUCCAGAACCAGAGGUUACCUGCCGUCUGCAUGGUGAGAAACUCAAACUCUUCUGUGUGGAGCACAAGCAGCCUUUAUGCAUCAUUUGUCAGCAUUCAGAUGAACAUGCUGGACACAAGUUGAAACCUAUUACUGAAGUUGCUGAGCUUCAGAGGAAAGAGCUCAAAAAGACUCUGGAGCCAUUACAGGAGAAGCUGAAGGUCUUCAAAGAAGAGAAAGAAACCUUGGGUCACACAGCUGAACAUGUUAAGCUCCAGACCCAACACACCGAGGGACGCAUCAAGGAGCAGUUCAGGAAGCUACGUCUGUUUCUUAACAAAGAAGAAGAAACCAGGAUUGCUGCUCUGAGGUCAGAAGAAAGCAAGAAGACUCGUAAGUUAAACCUAAAGAUUGAUGCCCUGAAUAAAGAGGUUGAUGCUCUUUCACGCACAAUCAGAGACACAGAAGAAAUGCUAAAAGCUGAAGAUGCCUCGUUGCUGCAGAGCUUCAAGACCGCCGUACAAAACAUCCGACAGCGCACCCUGCUGGAUAACCCAAAGCCUGUCUCAGGAGCUCUGAUAGAUGUGGCCAAACACCUGGGCAACCUGGGCUUCAACAUCUGGAACAAGAUGAAACAUCUGGUGUCCUACACUCCUGUGGUUCUGGAUCCAAACACAGCAAACUCUGAGCUCAUCCUCUCUGAGGAUCUGACGAGUGUGAGAUGUGGGCAGAAACAGAGCCUCCCCGACAACCCGGAGAGGUUUGACUUCUUCCGCAUCGUCCUGGGCUCUGAGGCCUUCAUGUCAGGAACCUACAGCUGGGAUGUUGAGGUCGGAGACAACACAGACUGGUUUGUGGGCGUGGCUUCGCAGGGCGUCCAGACAAAAGGAAUUCAUCCAACCCGUUUAUGGAGAAUCGGAUGCCUAAAAGGUAAAUACAUUGCCCGGGCCCUGUCGGAACCCUCCACGGUUCUGUCAGUGAACGGACAGCUGAAGAGGAUCAGAGCCGUUUUGGACUGGAACAGAGGGAAGCUGCUGUUCAUCGACCUCGACGCCAACACGGUCAUUCACACCUUCACUUAUUCCUUUACUGAGAAACUGUUCCCGUACUUCAACACUGCAUCCGCGUCCUCGUUGAAGAUCAUACCUGAAAAUGUCUCUCUGAGGUUGAACUUAAGCAGACAGUAGUGCAGCAUCAAACCCUGCAGCUGCUUUAUGGUCAUCAAUGCAACCAAACAUACAGAGAAUCCACCAUCCUGCUGAAUUAUUAACACAAACGCUUAAAGGCUGAUUUUAUGUAGAUAACCAAUCAAUGCAUGAUGGAUUACAAAUGUAUAGAAAUGUUGCAUAAUCUAUUGAAUCCUACUAAAGGCCCUAAAGUAUUAAAACUACACUAUGUUCUCUAGAAACAUUAUAACCCGCUUAGUGCCAUACUGUCAGUGAAAUUAUUAUUGUUGUUACUUUUAUUUGGUGUGUUUUCUCAUAUGUCAUUUCAACCGAUUGGAGUGUGUUCAUAUGGACCAUCUGAAUAAAUUCGCCUAACACUCUGUCGAUCAUUAAAGAAAUAUAUAAGUCUG